CAACAAGAAAUUUCUUUUCUCUAAUUUCUUUGAAAUUUUAGUUAGAGGGGUUUCCUUGUCCCGCAUGCCGUGCUUUCUUGUGUGUAAGUAAGUAGUAUUUGAGGAACCAAAGAGGCAUCUUCUCUUCUUGCAAAAUUAAAACGCACCCUAUUCUCUUCUUCCCCCUAUUCGAUCGCAUUUGUUCUACUUGAAUCUCUUCCUAGAAUUCCAGAUAGAACACACACACACUCUUGUGUGUGAGAGAGAGAGAGAGAGAGAUCUAGAGAGAGAGAGAGAAUGUUCCAAUCCAAGAAGCCCGCGAGUAUGAAUAAUAAUAGUAAUCAUAAUCAUGAAAGAGUAGUAGUACCUCCUAUGUGCGUUCAAGGAGACUCCGGACUUGUACUCACCACAGACCCAAAACCACGCCUCCGCUGGACCGUUGAGCUUCAUGAGCGCUUUGUCGAUGCUGUUACUCAGCUCGGUGGACCAGAUAAGGCGACCCCAAAGACUAUCAUGAGAGUUAUGGGUGUCAAGGGUCUCACUCUUUACCAUCUCAAGAGCCACCUUCAGAAAUUUAGGCUGGGAAAGCAACCUCACAAGGAAUUCAAUGAUCACUCUACCGCCAAAGAUGGUGAGAGACUAGCUCUAGAACUCCAAAGAAAUACAGCAUCUGGCUCUGGGAUUAUCGGCCGUAGCAUGAACGAUAACGUUCACUUCAUGACUGAUGGAAUUAGGAUGCAAAUGGAGGUGCAGAGAAGGCUGCAUGAACAAUUAGAGGUGCAGAGACACCUUCAAUUGCGGAUAGAGGCUCAAGGGAAGUACAUGCAAACUAUACUGGAGAAAGCCUGUCAAACACUUGCGGGAGAAAACAUGGCCGCCGCUUCAGCAACACCUGGAGGAGGAAGCAGCAACAACUACAAUAAUAAACAAGGAGGAGGAGGAGUACAUCUACUUCCAGGGGACGUGAAGGAUUUUGGUUCUCCACUUGUCAACUUCCCUUCAAUUCAAGACCUAAACAUAUAUGGAGGAAGUGAUCACGAUCAUGAUGAUCAGCAUCAUCAUCAUGUUCAACACAACAUGGACAAAUCUCCGCUUGAUGAUCAUGGAUUUCACAUGAUGCCAAAUACUAGUACUCAUCAUCAUGAAAGUACCAUGAAUUGUCCUCCUCCUCCGGCUCCAGGAAAGAACAAGAGGCCAAAUCCAUAUGGUAGUACUGGUACUUCUAGUACCAGUACAAGUAUUACUGCUGCAGGCAAAAGCCCCUUAAUGUGGUCAGAUGAUUUCCGUUUGCAAGAAUUGGCAACAGGUGGUGGAUCUUCUAGUACUCUCGGCUCUCAAGAUCUACAUGAUCACGAUCCUUUCAAAGCUGCUGAUCAUCAUCAUCAUAUGAUUCAAGAGUCCUCUAAUUUCUCACCAGCUGAAAUGUUUGAAACAAAGCCAGUCCUCUCUGGAGAUAUUCAUCAUCAUCAUGAAAAGAAGUUUGACGCAACAUCUUCUUCAAGGCUUGAAAGGCCCUCUCCACGAAGAGCACCAGUUUCGUCUGAUCAUCAUCAUCUUCCUCAUAGGACAAUUAACCCCCCUCCUCAUCUCAUUACUACUACUACUACUACUACCGGUUCUACUGCUGCCAUGGCACAAGGAAGAAAUUCUCCGUUUUGUUGAAUUUAGCUGCAGUCGUUCUCUUCCCUUACACACAGUUAGUUGAUGAUUAGCAUAGAGCUCACUAUUAAGUAUCAUUGCAUGCAUCUAUGGUUUUGGAUCUUAAAUUAGAGUAAUGCCAUCUACAUAAUUUCCAUUCCUCAGCCUCAUUUUGUUCCCAGUAGUACUUUAGACACAAGGUGGAUCCUUUUUGGUUACUGGAUAUGAGACCCUGAUAAUUAUACUUGCGCUUGUAUUAAGAGUACUGAGAAAACGUAUUGAGAAAUUGGAAUCUGGUUUAGCA